AUGGUACAAGGAAUCAACCAUUCACGUUUCAAUGUGGAGAAAGUUGAUGCUGACAGGAUGUAUCGACUUGCUUUUACAAACAUGGACCCAACGGAAGAAGCUGUGUACAAUUGUGCAGUUAGGACAGUCUAUGAAGUCAACUUUAUCAAUGGUACUCUUUUACUAUUCAAAGGUAAUCAUAGUACCUAAAUACUAUUAACAUUAGUACAUUUCCAUGUUAUUCACACAGCUCCCUUUGUACUCACUGUCUUGUGUUGAUUGUUUGAAUGCCAAUAGUAGCAUACACAUAUGUGUUAUUACAAAAGAAAAACCCUUAGUAAUGUAAACAUUUAGCUGACAAAACUUAACGCUUAAAAUCUUUGUGAAGCAUGUGAUACAUUAGAGAAUGAAAACUUUUAAGAGGUCACACUACCACACUGUGGUGCAGAGGCCAGUGAGAGAGAGAAAAACAAUAGUUGAACAAUUUUGAACAAAUUAAUUUCUUCCAAAAUUAAGGAGAAGCGAGAGAGAAGGAGAGAGAGAGAGAUAGAGCUAUGUUUCGUUGUAUGUAUUUUUACCACUUUCUCUAUCACUUACUUAGCUAGCGUCAAAUGCAGCGAGCUAGUUUAGCCUACUCAAACACCCAGCUCAAACAGAGGGAUGCUAUGUUAGCUAGCUGGCUAUGGCUAUCCAACACUGGAACUCUUCCAAGUCAAGGUAAGCUUUUGGUUUUAUAAAUGUAUUGCCACCGGGGCCCGCCGGUUUAACUGCUAAACUGCUUGCUGCUGACUACUAACGUGUUAGUUCUAGUAGCUAUGUUGACUAUGACGUGACAAAGAUGUAGGCUCUGUGUAGCGGUUAGCGGUCAUGAUAUGGAGGUUUGGCUUGGAAAGGUUUUUUCAACUGGUCACAGACAGCUGAUGUGUUGUGCAUUGAAGUCCACAAGUGAAGGAAAAGGUGAGAAGAGGAGAGCGUGUAGAUAGAUGCGAGAAGGAAUUAUAUAUACAACGAGCUGUUUGUAUGUGGCUGCUAUAAAAGUGAACUGUGUUUGCAUGUGAUCAGGAGUGUAUUCAUUGCGCCGAUUCUGUUGAAAAUAAAUUCUUAAACGGAAGCAAACCGAUCGAAACGGGGAUAAACAUACCUGAAUUUGUCCAAUAGAAACUCUCGUUUCCAACUAUUGGACUAAUUCUUACACCCUAGAUCAGCUAGAUGCAUGCAAGAGUGUGCAAGGCAGUAUUGAAUGUGCCACUGUCUGUCACCUUGAUUACUCAAAAUGUUCUCGACUUGUGCACCUACGUUGUAACCUUUCAUUAACAGGCUAGGUUGUAGCAACCUCAUGAUGGGUACAGGGAAAAUACAAUAUGAUGUAAAAGAAAUAAGGCCAUGUUCAUAAAAAUGUAAAAAUCAUCCUCCCUCAUCUGAAAUGGCACCGACCGCCACUGGUGUGUACUGGUUCAGAGCCAGAUCAGGAGAAUCCCAUCCAGGAGUAAUUUACACCCAUGGGAACAGGAGUGAUGAGUGUGAGAAGAGCCCUGAGAUUCCCUCUCCUAGAAAGAGCUGUGUCUACAGCCUCUCCAAAAACAACCUCAGCCCCUCUGAUGUGGGGAGAUCCUGUCGGGCAACGGACAAACCUGAAUAUUGGUAGGUAGUAUGUAUGUACAUAUCUAUAAUCUAAAACAUUCUUAACAACUGAAGCCAUCAUUAAAGGUUGAAUAUCAUCAGUUCUUGAGGUUGUACACUUAAAAAAACAUAUACAGUGCAUUCGGAAAGUAUUCAGACCCCUUGACUUUUUCCACAUUUUGUCAUUCUAAAGCCUUAUUCUAAAAUUGAUUAAAUUGUUUUUUUCCCCCCUCAUCAAUACACACAAUACCCCAUAAUGACAAAGCAAAAACAGGUUUUUAGAAAUUAUUGCAGAUUUCUAAAAAUGUAAGAACUGAAAUAUCAUUUACAUAAGUAUUCAGACCCUUUAUUCAGUACUUUGUUGAAAAACCUUUGGCAGUGAUUACAGCAUUGAGUCUUCUUGGGUAUGAUGCUACAAGCUUGGCACACGUGUAUUUGGGGAGUUUCUCCCAUUCUUCUCUGCAGAUCCUCUCAAGCUCUGUCAGGUUGGAUGGGGAGCGUCACUGCACAGCCAUUUUCAGGUCUCUCCAGAGAUGUUCGAUCGGGUUCAAGUCCGGGCUCUGGCUGGGUCACUCAAGGACAUUCAGAGACUUGUCCUGAAGCCACUCCUGUGUUGUCUUGACUGUGUGCUUAGGGUCGUUGUCCUGUUGAACCUUCGCCCCAGUCUGAGGUCCUGAGUGCUCUGGAGCAGGUUUUUAUCAAGGAUCUCUCUGUACUUUACUCCUUUCAUCUUUCCCUCGAUCCUGACUAUUCUCCCAGUCCCUGGCGCUGAAAAAUAUCCCCACAGCAUGAUGCUCCCACCACCAUGCUUCACCGUAGAGAUGGUGCCAGGAUUCCUCCAGACAUUACGCUUGGCAUUUAGGCCAAAGAGUUCAAUCUUGGUUUCAUCAGACCAGAGAAUCUUGUUUCUCAUGGUCUGAGAGUCCUUUAGGUGCCUUUUGUCGAACUCCAAGCGGGCUGUCAUGUGCCUUUUACUGAGGAGUGGCUUCCGUCUGACCACUCUACCAUAAAGGCCUGAUUGGUGGAGUGCUGCAGAGAUGGUUGUCCUUCUGGAAGGUUCUCCUAUCUCCACAGAGGAACUCUGGAGCUUUGUCAGAGUGACCAUCGGGUUCUUGGUCACCUCCCUGACCAAGGCCCCUCUCCCCCGAUUGCUCAGUUUGGCCGGGCGGCCAGUUCUCGGAGGAGUCUUGGUGGCUCCAAACUUCUUCCAUUUAAGAAUGAUGGAGGCCACUGUGUUCUUGGGGACCUUCAAUGCUGUGGAAAUGUUUUGGUACCCUUCCCCAGAUCUGUGCCUCGACACAAUCCUGUCUUGGAGCUCUACGGACAAUUCCUUCAACCUCAUGGCUUGGUUUUUGCUCUGACAUGCACUGUCAACAGUGGGACCUCAUAUAGACAGGUGUGUGCCUUUCCAAAUCAUGUCCAAUCAAUUGUAUUUACCAAAGGUGGACUCCAAUCAAGUUGUAGAAACAUCUAAAGGAUGAUCAAUGGAAACAGGAUGUACCUGAGCUUAGCAAAGGGUCUGAAUAUUUAUGUAAAUAAGGUAUUUCUGUUUUUUAUUUUUAAUACAUGUCUAAAAACCAGUUUUUGCUUCGUCAUUAUGGGGUAUUUUGUGUAGAUUGAUGAGGAUUUUUUAUUUAUUUAAUCCAUUUUAGAAUAAGGCUGUACCAUAACAAAAUGUGGAAAAAGUCAAGCGGUCUGAAUACUUUCCGAAUGAACAGAAUAUAACUUUAUUUUACAUAAGUAUGCCAAAACUAUGAUCUUGUUUUUUUUCCUUUCCCGAAAAAGCAACAGAGCCUGUAAUCAUUGCUCUGGGUGUGACCUCGGCUGUCUGUGUGAUUGGGAUCAUUAUCCUCAUCUGCACCAGACAUACUAGACCAGUUUGUGAACAUUGUAAAGGUGAGCUGUUCAACUUAGCAAAUUGUAGAGAAGUAUCUAAAAUUGUUAGGCUAAUAUCCUUUUGGGAGUUUUUAGUAAUUUUUAUGCUUUGUUUUUAUCCAUGGAAACAGUGGGUGCUUCUCACCAUAUCGGACAUGAUAACUCAACUAGAGAAUCAAGAAGCCAGGUAAACACAGCAAAGUUGUCUAAUCAAUAUUGUCCAGAAAUGUAACACAGCAUUUUUUUUGUAAUGAGAUAUUUCCUACAUUGAUUACUACUCUAUCUCGUGCUAUUUUUUUAGGACUAUGUAUCCCGUUAUGGUUUAAUAUUGUAUAACAGUUUGAUGAAAAUAUGAUUAUUCACAUGAUCAAGAUGCAGAUAUGUUGAAUUAUGCUGCAUUGAAUUUCUCUGAGAGGAAAACUAAAAGAGGAGGAAAGAAGAGAGAGUCACCACAGGAGAGUGUGUACUCUGAUGUCAGAUGUUCAGACUGGGACUGA